AUGGUCGCCCAACCUCGCCUCAAGCUCUGCCUUAUCGGUCUCGGCCGUCUUGGAGCUCUCCGUGCCAAGAUCCUGGCCUUUCAGCAACCGCGAAUCGAGCUUGUAGCAGUGUGCGACACUAAGCCAGGUGCAGAUGAAUGGGCUGCCGCCAACCUGCCAUCCUCAGUCCAAUUCUUCCCUACUCCCGAGGAAUGCAUGAAGAACAGCGGUGCCUCAGCUGUUCUAAUCUCCACAGCGACUGCCACCCACGCCCCUCUGAUCUGUCUCGCUCUCGACUUGGGACUACAUGUUAUGUGUGAGAAGCCCAUCUCGGUGGAUAUCCUCACUACCCAAGACGUUGUCGCUAGGGCUGCUUCCAAGCCUCACCUCAAGUUCUUACUCCCAUUCUCGCGCCGGUAUGAUAGAUCGUAUCGUGUCACAAAACAAAUGAUUCAGGAUGGUCAGCUGGGAGACAUCCACGCGGUAGAAGCUUCGUGCCUUGAUCCCCAGGAUAAGAAUGCCUUUUAUGUCACAUUCUCUGAACAAUCAGGAGGUAUCUUUGUAGAUGCCGGUAUUCACCUGAUCGAUGCUGGUCGGUAUUUCCUAGACGUUGACCUGAAUAUUCCAAACCCCAAAAAGCAAGUCAACCGCGUAGUUGCAUUUGGCCAACAAGCUGUCUACGGCGCGCUCGCCCAGUAUGGCGAUGCCGACAACGCGUGGGGCUUGGUUGAAUUUGCCAACGGCAAGGUCCUUCAAACGCGUCUGAGUCGCACCAUCACCAACGGCUUUGAGGCCUCUACGCGUGUUUGCGGCACCAAGGGACAUUCGGUCAUUAACGGCAACUCGACUCUCAACCGUAUCGAAAUCCGUGAUGAAUAUGGUGUACGCACCACCUCGACUCCAGAUGCUUUCGCUCUCUAUGACGAGACGUUCAUCAACGACAUUGCAGAGUUUGCCACAUCUGUCCUAGAGGACCUGCCUCUGUCUUGCUCACCUGACGAUGCCUUGGAGGCAGGAAAGAUCGCCUGCGCUUUGCAGCACUCAUUCAGGCUUGGUGAGCCUGUUUACUUCGACGAGGAGGGCCAAGCAAUUCUUGAGCCUCUGCAGACAAAUGGAUUGAAGAAGGGUGUCUAG